AUGUCGAAGUCUAGUGUUACAUCAUCCCCUUCUACGAGCUCUCUGCAAUUAACCACAUCAUCCGCGUCGAGCACAAUACCUCUUCGCUCCUCGGUAGCUCGGAAGGAUUACUCCGCAGCCUUUGGUGCCCUGCAGUCGACAUACGGGAUGGGUGCUGGGCAACUGUCUUCAUCGAUGCCUACUCCGAAGACAAAACCCUCUAAACCCUUUCAGCUGGGGUCACUAUUCAGACAUUCGGCCAGACCAUUACCGACUGUGCCGGAUAGCCAUUCUACCGAGAAUACGACUGCUCGCCCAUCAAAAAGUCCCAAAGAUUACGAGGCAGCCUUUGGCGCCCUUUCAUCUUCACGAGGCUUGGGACAGCCUUCACUUUCGUCGGGGAAUUGGUUACGAGACCGGAAUGGAAUGGAGGCUCGGUCCAACGAGGAGCUAGGAACAGCGAUCUCAUUGGUUCGGCUGGGAUUUCACAGCCCGCUAUUGGCUGUCUGGAUGCUUGUCUUUAUUUGCUCGAAAAAAAGCUCUUUCUCUUCUGAUUGGCUGGAGCUGUACGGGAUCACCAUCCUGCAAGCGUACCAGUACUUUCUCAAGUACCCCAACGACACUAAGGUGCAGAAAGGAUGGGUUGUCCUAUUAUUCCUACUUGACACGGCGAACAUAGUGUUCGGCAUUCACGCAAUGUACUUCUAUCUCAUCUUUCGGUUCGGGGAUCUUUCGUCGCUGCAAACAUUGAUAUGGAGCAUUAAACCUUUCGGCGUCGCGCAUGUAUUGGUAAUAUGGAUCGUACAGAGUCUGUACUUAUGGAGAAUAUGGCGCCCAGUCACGAACUCGCUGCGCCUCCCUACAUGGAUUGUCAGGGUUGUGAUGAUAGGGUUGGUUGUAAUCGUCCUAGUAGGCCUCGCUGCCGGCGUUGUAUUUUUAGUCGAGCUAGAAAAACUGCAGUCCAUCCUCAUCCCUCCCUCAUUUGCCUGGGUGAUAUUGUUUCUGGGAUGUCUUGUACCUUUGCUCGUUGAUAUGUCUAUCGCGACCACAAUGUUCUUCCUUCUGUGGUCACAGAAGGUUGACCUCCCGAGUCGAAUGGACCGUGUCGUUGCGACGUUGGUUACAUACAUAGUCAGUACUGGUGUUUUAACGAGUCUUAUGAAGCUCGUGUAUCUCCUUAUUUUUUCUGCUCGACCCGACACCCUUUUGUUUUUGUGUGUAGAAUUCUCGGGGACGCGACUAUACGUCAAUUCCUACUACGCCUUGCUCAACGCCCGAAAAUCGCUGCGGGAUGAACUCGACCCGAGCCAUUCAAUUAACUCCCCUAGCGACAUUCAAAUUCGUUUCGCCCGCACUGCAGAGAGUCGUUAUUCCGCGGUCUGA